AUGUGGUGGUGGAGGUGGUGGCGGAAGUUGAGGUGGUGUUGGAGGUGGAGGUGGUGUCGGCAGGUGGAGGUGGAGGUGGUGUCAGAGGUGGAGGUGGUGUCGGGAGGUGUAGGUGUAGGUGGAGGUGGAGCUAGGGUUUUGGAGCAGAUGGAUGUUUUGAAGAGGGAGAAGAGGUUGGCAGAGAAAUUUUUGGAAGCACCACCAAGUGGUUUAUAUGAUGCUGUCUUAGCUGCUCAUCUCCGAGCUGGUCAAUCAAGGGCAAAGACAUCCUCUUCUCAAUCCCGUCCCGCCUCUACUUCUAAGUCGUGGAAGUAUGAUGUCUUCGUUAGUUUUAGAGGAAAAGAUGUCCGCUUGACAUUUGUGGAUCAUCUCUACUAUGCUCUUAAAACUAGAGGAAUCGUCACUUUCCUGGACAAUCAAGACGAUGAAACUCAAUCUUGGGGCAAACCCCUUCCUUCAUCCAUCGAUGAAGCUAUCCAUGAAUCACAAAUAGCCAUCAUAGUACUCUCACGAAAUUAUGCUGGUUCUUCUUGGUGCUUGGAUGAACUUGCACUUAUCAUGAAAAAUAAAGAAGAGGGAAAGCAAAUCGCUUUUCCAAUAUUCUAUCAUGUGGGCCCAACUGAAGUGAGAAAGCAAAUAGGGCAUUUUGGAGAAGCAUUUUCCGGGCAUGAGUUACACAACAACAAGAAAGUUAAAUCUUGGAGGAAAGCACUUGUGAAGGCAGCUGACAUUAAAGGAUGGGACCUUAUGCAUAGGCACGAAACCGCACUCAUAAAAGAAAUUUGUGAUACCAUUUCACGUAGAAUGCUUAGCUUAACGACACCUUCUGAAGCAAGUGCCACCACAUACCUAAUUGGUGCAGAGACCCGCAUGCAAGAAUUGAAAUCACUUCUGGAAGUUGGGUCGGGUGGUAUUCAUAUGGUUGGAAUAUGUGGGAUGUGGGGUAGUGGUAAGUCUACUCUCGCAUCUUCUAUUUAUAAUGAAAUAAGUCAUGAAUUUGAAGGAAUGCACAUGAUGGAGAGGGAAUUACAUCAAAACAGUGUUCUAGUUGUCCUUGAUGAUGUAGACCACACUGACCACCUGAAGAUGUUAGCUGGAUCCAAAAACUGGUUUAGUAAUGGGAGUCGAAUAAUAUUUACCACUCGGAACCAAGAUCUGGUGAAUGCUCACGAUGCUAUCACACAUGAUGUGAGGAUGCUAGAUGACAUAGAGGCUACUGAACUCUUCAAUAGGCAUGCAUUUGGGAAAAGUAAACCUGUCCAAGGUCUCGAUGAGGUUUCGCUAAAUAUAGUUUCUAAAUUGGGCGGGCAUCCAUCAGCACUUAUAAAUUUAGGCUCUUUUCUACGUGGCAAAGAAAUGAGUGAGUGGAUGAGCAUCUCGGAUAGACUAGACGCUAUCCCAGUUGCUGAAAUUCUGAAAAAGUUCAAAAUUCGUGAUGAUGGAGUAGCGAGAGAUUUCACUGAUCAAAUAACUACUUACUUGAGGGAGCUGGAGACAUGUCGCAUAACCUUGUGA